AAUGUACUAAUUAAAAACUCAUUAACUGACAAGGAAAUUCCACCAUCAACAUUCAAUUCACAACCAGAAAUCACCCCUCAAAAACUCCAUUGAUAAACUCCAAAUCUCUCUCCCAUCACGACGACAGACGACAACGACAACGGAGGAGAGAGAAAAAGAAAUCGAAUUACAAAUUCGUAUAAUCAUUCAUAAAUUCAAAUCAAAUCCAAUCAAAUUGAAUCAUCAUCACUUCUCAAAUUCUCUCAAAUCUCGAUCAAAAUCUUGUUAAAAUGUCAUUAAAUAUGAAAACCCUAACACAAGCAUUAGCGAAAACAGCAGCGGUAAUCGAGAAAACAGUAACAACAACGGUACAAGAAGUAACGGGUCCCAAACCCUUACAAGACUAUGAGUUAAUCGAUCAAAUUGGAUCAGCUGGUCCUGGUCUUGCUUGGAAGCUAUACUCUGCUAAACCUCGUGGAUCUUUUGCUUCUACUACUAAUACUUCUCAGUAUUCUUCAGUUUGUGUUUGGUUGCUUGAUAAGCGAUCUCUUUCUGAGGCUAGGACUCGGACUGGGUUAUCCAAGGCAUUGGAGGAUGCAUUUUUAGAUGUACUUAGGAACGAUGCGUCUCGAUUGGUUAGAAUUCGGCAUCCUGGUAUUGUUCAUGUGGUGCAGGCAUUGGAUGAGACUAAGAAUGCUAUGGCUUUUGUUACUGAGCCUCUUUUUGCUUCUGUUGCUAAUGUUCUUGGUGUUUUGCAUAACGUUGGCAAUGUUCCUAAGGAGCUUAAGAGUGCUAUGGAAAUGGGAUUGUUGGAAGUCAAACAUGGGUUGCUUCAGGUUGCGGAAUCGUUGGAAUUUCUUCAUAAUAAUGCUCGUCUUGUCCACCGUGCUAUUUCUCCUGAGAGUGUGUUGAUUACUGCUAAUGGAGCUUGGAAGCUUGGUGGUUUUGGUUUUGCAAUAUCUUUCGACCAGGCAUCUGCUGGUGCACAGCUCUUCCACUAUGCUGAAUAUGAUGUGGAGGAUUCCAUAUUGCCACUUCAACCAUCUUUGAACUACACGGCCCCUGAGUUGGUUCGCAGUAAAGAAUUGUCAGUUGGACACUCAUCAGAUAUAUUUAGUUUUGGAUGCCUUGCCUAUCACUUGAUUGCUCGUAAACCUUUAUUGGACUGCCACAACAAUUUGAAGAUGUACAUGAAUACAUUGAACUAUUUAACUAGUGAGACAUUCUCAUCCAUCCCGUCAGAGUUUGUUCCAGACCUACAGAGGAUGCUUUCAUUUAAUGAGUCCUUGAGGCCUUCAGCUUUGGAGUUCACAGGUUCACCUUUCUUCCGAGAUGAUACAAGGUUGCGAGCGCUCCGCUUUUUGGACCACUUGCUUGAGCGAGACAACAUGCAGAAGUCUGAGUUUUUGAAAGCAUUGACAGAUAUGUGGAAGGAUUUUGAUCCUAGAGUGUUGCGGUAUAAGGUCCUUCCUCCUCUUUGUGCUGAAUUGCGCAAUGUGGUAAUGCAACCAAUGAUAUUGCCAAUGGUAUUGACAAUAGCACAGUCCCAGGACAAAGAAGAAUUUGAGCUAUCAACAUUGCCCGCCCUUGCUCCAGUCUUGAAUUCUGCUUCUGGUGAAACAUUGUUGUUGCUUAUGAAGCAUGCUGAGCUACUAAUAAACAAGAGCAGCCAUGAAGAUCUAGUUUCACGUGUGCUUCCCACGGUUGUUCGAGCCUAUGAUGAUUCUGAUCCUCGAAUACAAGAGGAAGUUUUGAAAAGAACAGUUCCACUUACAAAACUUCUGGAUCCUCAGUUGGUAAAACAAGCGAUAGUUACUCGUGUGCAUGGCCUGGCUCUCAGGACCACUGUGGCUGCAGUGCGAGUGAAUGCUUUGCUAUGCUUAGGAGAGUUGAUACAUACACUUGAUAAAAAUGCUGUCCUGGAGGUAUUGCAAACAAUUCAACGUUGCACAGCAGUUGACCGUUCACAGCCUACUCUUAUGUGUACACUUGCUGUCGCUAACUCCAUUUUGAAGCAGUAUGGAACAGAGUUUGUCGCAGAACAUGUCCUCCCUCUACUCACUCCUCUUCUGAUCGCUCAGCAAUUAAAUGUUCAGCAGUUUGCAAAAUAUAUGGCCUUUGUAAAGGACAUAUUAAGGAAAAUAGAGGACAAAAGAGGAGUAUCUGUGUCAGAGUCUGGAAUUCACGAGGUCAAAUCAUCUCCUUCUCUAGGAUCUAUGACGGGACUGCCUAAAGAAUCAAAUGGAACCCUUCCAGUAUCAGCUGUAAAGAAGAGUGCUUCAUGGGAUGAAGACUGGCCUGCCACAAGAACUUCAGACGCAUCUAGCCAAUCUUAUUCAACAAAUGCAUCACCUCCAAUGAAGUCUGUUGAUGAAACUUCAUCAGUAUUGCCUUCUGUCUCUAAUUCGCAAAUGAUGAAUUCUUGUCCAUCAAUUGAUAUUGAGUGGCCACCUCGUACAUCUGGUGUAACCUCUCAAACAAGUAGUGAUGAGAUGCAAAAUCAUAAGGCAUCCACUGCAAGCUUUGAUGACAUAGAUCCCUUCGCUGAUUGGCCUCCACGACCUAAUGGUUCUGGAAUCUCAAACAGUGGAAUUUCAGGGCUAUCAACUAACAAGCUUGGGUCCAGUUCUAACACGGGUUUCUCAAACAAUACAGCUUUCCAGAACAAUAACAUGUUUAGCUGGGCUACCGGUACAAAUUUUUCCGAGCCAUUAAAACAAAAUCAGGGAGUUUCAGGAUUGAACAGCUUGGGUUUUGAUACUGGACUAGGAAGCGGGCAGCAUUUAGGCGUUCUGAAGCAGAAUCAAGGGAACUCUAAUUCAGGGAAUGCGAAAGAUCUCGGUUCCAUUUUCUCAUCCGCCAAAACUGACUACUGUGCGCCUAGAUUAGCUCCACCGCCUUCCACUGCUGUUGGGAGAGGUAGGGGCAGAGGCAGAGGAGCUCAAGGUCACUCUGGAGUGACUUCAGGUGCACGCAAGUCAGCUUCUGAGCAGCCACCGCUGUUGGAUUUGCUUUAGAAAGAUGUAUCCGGUGUUCAUUUAUAAUGAGCCACCACUGUCAAAGAUUAAAGAUUGAACGGCCUGUGACAGCCAAUGGGUAUCAAGGUUGCACAAACACGAUGAUGUGAUUUUUGCUUGGAACAAUAUGAAAGUUGUGAAAAUGAUCCAGCGUCAGGUAAGUUAUAGACCUGUUGCUUUCAUUGUAUCACUUGUGCUAUUACGUGUGGAUGAUCUUUUCAUUUUUUUUUUGCUCUUUUAUUUCAUUUUUUUCUGUUUAUAAUAUUUUUUUUUGGGUGGAUCGUCCAUGUAAUUUACGAGAAAAACCGAGCAACAUCCUGAAAGGAGGCAAGUAGAGAGUGAGAGGUCAAGAUUGGUAAUUGUAAACACUUUGAUUAAAUGUCAAAAUGACUUGUAUUUUUGUGAGUUUGAACAUUAAUAGCCAACUAUUUUGGCUGAACAAGUACUCCUACUGUACAACUAUUACGAUUUAUCUCUUAUGUAGUUCCUGAUUUUGAUCAUUUAUACGAUUGCCCAAAUGGGAUUGACAGUUCAGAGACUAA